UACAUGUGAGAGGCAGAAAUAAAGAAUUAUGAAAUGAGACCCCUGCCCUAUCGAUAUCCAUGGUCAGGGGAACAGUAUGCUAUAGUGGAACAAGCAUAGAUUUUUGGAGCCAAGAGGCCCAGCUUCAAAUCCCAGCACCAUCACUCACUCGUGUGUGGCCUUCGGAUAAACCACGUAGCUUCUAUUUAUUCACCCCAGUUUCCCGUCUGUAAAACGGGGCUGAUGAUUUUUACAUUUCAAAGUUCUUAAGGGGAUGAAAUGAAGUAACAUGUGAAACUCCUCGUCUGAGUUAGAUGCUCCGGAGUAAGUCCUAUUCCAGGCCCUCCGAAAGUACGCACGGGGUUAGAAGAUGAGGGUGGUGAGAACAUUCUGUGGUGGCCAGUGGUUCCUGCUGCAGCAAGGGUGAUAGAUUCAUUUAGCUGCACGUCAUCGUCACUCUGCACACUCCUCAGUGUGGCAACAGCCCAGUCUCAGCUAGGCUUUCCAGGAUGCCUACCUUUUGCAAAGGUGAGAGUCUCUGGCCUCCAGGAGUUUACUAACUGGUCUGAAUACUAAGUGGGUGUUGGAGGCUAGGAGAACUUGAGUAAGGAAAGACUCAACAUUAAGAUGGUGGGACUAAGGCCAGAGGUGGUCAGAUAAAAACAGGGAGGGACUAGGUAGCUCUUUUGGGGGCAAGUCAAACUGCACUCCCCGGGCCAGGUCAACCAGGCAGCUGUUCUCUGACAAGGUGAAGGAGAGGUGACAGGACUGCUGGGCUGUUGCUGUUCGUCCUUGCAGAAAGCAUGUCACACCGUAGGAGCCAAAUAUAAUUUUUGAGGGAACCGACAGGGAAAUUCACCCUUGUGGUUUGCCGGAUCCUCUCCCCUCUUUCUCCUUUUUUUGGAGAGGCUCAUGUUUUGUUCUGGAGUAGCUACAGCUAGGUGAUCGCACGGACUUUGAUGUCCCCUCUGCAAUAGCUCUGUGGUCAAUCCACGGUGGACCUGACACGCAGGGACAGGCUACACCUGAGCACCGGCGUGGCUCAAGUAUGGAUUCUUGCUGGGCCACGUCCUACUGUGCCACGGCUGACCCCCAGCCCGGCUUCUGGUUUCGUAGAGGCGAUGGGUCUGAGAGCUGAGACCUGCUCUGCCUUCCUCAUCAUGUGAAACCCCACAGGAGAUGCUGAGAGGGGACUGAGAGACACACAGUGGGGGUGCUUGAUGGAAAACUACAGACUGAGAUUCUCACUUCACACCCCACCCCUGCUGAGAAGUUCUAAAGUACAAAGAGGAAGCACAUGUAAAAGGAAUUUUCCCUUUCUCCCCACAACUUCCUCUCCCUUCAUACCACCUAGAGCUGAAGAAGCAUCUCCUUUGCUUGAAGGAGGCACCAGCUAUUCUGAAUGAAGGGCAGUGGGACGGUGCCGUACCCAGCACAGCUGGACGUGCUCAGGGACAGUGACGAGGACACUGUUCUGGAGGAACUCACUGGGUGCACGGCAUAAGGCACAUGUAUUCAAAAAUACCCUUCCCCACUGAUAGCUGCCAGGCCACUCCAGACAACUUCUAGGUAGGUGCCUGGUGCUGUGCAGUGACCAGAGGUGCCUGGGAGCAGAUACCCCACUGUCCCAGCCUCUGCUUCCAGGGACCCACACCCCCCCGAAGCACCUAUGAUAUCCCAGCACCCUCACAGCAGCCCCGCAAAGUCGAUAUUGUGUUGUUACCUACGUUUGACAGACUGGGAAACCGAGGCUGACCCUUGUCUAGCUGUCGUGACUGAUACAUGACAGAGGAGAAGAAACUCAGGUCUGUCUGGUCCCAAGCCUGGGUCCUGUCUACGUUGCUUCUUGAGAUAUGCUCUGGGUGCUUUCUCUAGGAAAAUCCCAAGGACAGGGGUAGUGGUUGUGAAGGUCCAGGGCCUUGCCUGGAAGCCACAGAGGGCAGGUACUUGGUGGAAAACUCCAGGCUGUGAUUCACCCUCCUCCCUUGCCCUCAUCAGUGAGGUCACCUCCCCUCCCAAGGUUCUCAGUUUCCAGCCUGGAGUCUCUGGUAAGAGAGGACUGUCCCCUGUGCUGCACAUCCCAUCUCCUCGUCCCUGGGAAGGAGAUGGUUCUGGAGGGGGACAGAGGAAAAGGGGGAAAGGGGAGGGGGAGGGAGAAGGGCAAGGAGCAGGAGGAGGGGAGAUGAGGUCAGGGUGUGAGCCUCUGAGCCCCUUCCCCUGCCCAAGGGAGCAGCUCAGCCCAGCUCUGGAGGGGUCAUCAUGGGACCGUGCCCACUGGGAGGGCACCGGUCUGGAGACAGUGGGUUCACAGUGGGAGUGGGAUGGGGGUGGGAACACUGGGGACAGAGGACUUGACUUCCUGAGGUUGGAUGUUGUAAUCUUGGUUCACAAACUUUUGGCCUCAGUCCCUCCUGUUGCUCCUGGUAUUUCUCUGUCCCUUCACUUCCCAACACACACACACACACACACACACACACACACACACACACACACACACAGCUUCUUUCUGUCUGGGAGCCCCUGGACAAGUCCCAUGGGAUUUUGCACUGGGAGGAACAGCAUAAGGCGUGAAUGUGGAGGACAGUUUCCCUUUCAGGUCCCAGCUCUCUUGGCUUUCCUGUAAGCGGCCACCUGGAACUCCCCUGGAGACCUGAUGCCCGCAGCUGAGCUGACCGCAGGAGCCGGUGCUGGGGACUGAGGGAGACUUAGGGUUCAGAGAGGAGGUGUGAUUGGCCUGAGGUCACACAGCAAGUUAGAGACCCAGCUCCACGACUCACUGUCUUGGCUUUGGCCCUCGUCAUCCUGCCCACCCAGCGGGGCCUCCCAAUCCGCCACACGGGCAUGGACGGGAAAGUGGCAGUGCACGAGCACGGGCCUCCUGCGGUCUCCUGGGUCCCCGAGGAGGCAGAGAAGUUGGACCAGGAAGACGAGGACCAGGUGAAGGAUCGGGGCCAAUGGAACAACAAGAUGGAGUUUGUGCUGUCAGUGGCCGGGGAGAUCAUUGGGCUGGGCAACGUCUGGAGGUUUCCCUAUCUCUGCUACAAAAACGGAGGUGGAGCCUUCUUCAUCCCUUACUUCAUCUUCUUCUUUGUCUGCGGCAUCCCUGUGUUCUUUCUGGAGGUAGCGCUGGGCCAAUACACCAGCCAAGGGAGUGUCACAGCCUGGAGGAAGAUCUGCCCCCUCUUCCAGGGCGUUGGGCUGGCGUCUGUGGUCAUUGAGUUAUAUUUGAAUAUCUACUACAUCAUCAUCCUUGCCUGGGCCCUCUUCUACCUGUUCAGCUCCUUCACCUCUGAGCUGCCUUGGACGACCUGCAGCAACGUUUGGAACACGGAGCAUUGCGUGGACUUUCUGAACCACUCGGGAGCCGGCACAGUGACCCCAUCUGAGAAUUUUACCUCACCUGUCAUGGAAUUCUGGGAGAGACGAGUUCUGAGCAUCACCUCGGGCAUCCAUGACCUGGGCGCCCUGCGCUGGGAGCUGGCCCUGUGCCUCCUGCUCGCCUGGGUCAUCUGCUAUUUCUGCAUCUGGAAGGGGGUCAAGUCCACAGGCAAGGUGGUUUAUUUCACAGCCACGUUUCCCUACCUGAUGCUUGUCAUUCUGCUGGUCCGAGGUGUUACCCUUCCCGGGGCCUACCAGGGCAUCAUCUAUUACUUGAAGCCAGAUUUGUUCCGCCUCAAGGACCCUCAGGUGUGGAUGGAUGCGGGCACCCAGAUCUUCUUCUCCUUCGCCAUCUGCCAGGGGUGCCUGACAGCCCUGGGCAGCUACAACAAGUACCACAACAACUGCUACAAGGACUGCGUCGCCCUCUGCUUCCUGAACAGUGCCACCAGCUUUGUGGCUGGGUUUGUUGUCUUCUCCAUCCUGGGCUUCAUGUCGCAAGAGCAGGGGGUGCCCAUUUCUGAAGUGGCCGAGUCAGGUCCUGGACUGGCCUUCAUCGCCUUCCCCAAGGCUGUGACUAUGAUGCCCUUAUCCCAGCUGUGGUCCUGCCUGUUCUUUAUCAUGCUCAUAUUCCUAGGGCUGGACAGCCAGUUUGUCUGUGUGGAGUGCCUGGUGACAGCCUCCAUAGACAUGUUCCCCAGGCAGCUCCGGAAGAGCGGGCGGCGGGAGCUCCUCAUCCUCACCAUCGCCGUCACGUGCUACCUGAUAGGGCUCUUCAUGGUCACCGAGGGUGGGAUGUACAUCUUCCAGCUGUUUGACUACUAUGCUUCCAGUGGCAUAUGCCUGCUGUUCCUGUCAGUGUUUGAAGUGGUCUGCAUCAGCUGGGUGUAUGGGGCGGACCGUUUCUAUGACAACAUUGAGGACAUGAUUGGCUACCGGCCAUGGCCCCUGGUGAAGAUCUCCUGGCUCUUCCUGACCCCUGGACUUUGCCUGGCCACCUUCUUCUUCUCCUUGAGCAAGUACACCCCCCUCAAGUACAACAACGUCUACGUGUACCCGCCCUGGGGAUACUCCAUUGGCUGGUCCCUGGCUCUGUCCUCCAUGGUCUGCGUCCCCCUCUUCACCGUCAUCACCCUCCUGAAGACACAGGGUUCUUUCAAGAAGCGCCUACGUCAGCUCAUCACCCCUGACUCCAGUCUGCCACAGCCCAAGCAACACCUCUACUUGGAUGGCAGCAAUGGCCGGGACUUUGGGCCCUCCCCAGCAAAGGAAGGACUGAUAGCCGGGGAGAAGGAGACCCAUUUGUAGGGUGUAGCCAGAGGCCAGGCGGCUCCUAAGCUGGGAACCUAGGUCAGGGCCACCCUCCAUUCUCAGCGGACAGCCUCUGCCUCUGUCUCCUGCCACAAUCCUGCUGGGAACCUCUGGAGAGCCACAGGCACCCCCAGCUGGAGGCCAGACUCCUCUCCUGUGCUAGCUGGAACAGCUCCUUCCCCUGUGCUGAUAGCACUACCACUGGGACGUGCCAUGUUGGGAAGUCAUCCCUGUGGGACGGCACCAUCGUUUUUAUAAAGGGGGGUCUUUUUGGAGGCCACCAUCUGACUGUAACGCCUCGAGUUAUGAGGAGUCCACUGUGGGGGUGGCUCUUGUUAGAGCUUACUGCAUUUGUACACGGGGAGAGGAGCUCUAACUGGAAUGCACACUGCCGUCCGAUGUGGAGAGCCUGAUGGGACAUACCCUGUUGGAAGUGACACUGAGCAACUACGCUGGAUCGGAGGUUCCCUUAGGGGUUCUUCCUUAGGCUUAACCACAGAGGCAAGCCUUCACACGCCGUCAGGCUGGAGUCUCCUCCGAGUCUCUCAUGGCAUCUCCAGCCCCCGCCCUAGUUCCACACUGUGCUUGCAGUGUUUCAUCAGCUCUUGGAGCAUUGGAAUGGAAGGGGCUUAGGAGAUGCUUCCUAGACUUCACAAACACACGGCAUGCCUCCCUGUACUGUGCGUUCUGCUGCCCAAGGCCGACAUUGCUAACUGAUCACAGACUCUUUCCCACCUCACAAUCCUUCCAAAUGCGCUCCAAGCAGCACCGUUUGGCAUCCUGCUUCUAACGCAAACCGCUGACUUCAUGGAUGAAGAACCUGGAGACCAAAGAGACAAAGAGACUUUUUCAAGUUCACAUGGCUUCUUGGGGGCCAGAGAUAUGACUAAAACCUUAUCUCCUUGUGCUCAGGCCAGUGUCUACCCAUUAACCCCCCUGCCUUAGUUAACAAGUGUGUAUGGAUUGCCU